UUCUUUCAACUGCCUACAGCAGGUUUUCUCCGCAGCAGCAGAAGCCCUUCGGCGCCAUAUUGAAGUGCAGUAGCAGUUGUUGUGUCUUUUCGGAAAUGGAUUCCUUGGCAAACUACGGCAGUGACGAUGAAAUCGACGCCCCAACUUCCUCCAAUGGAGUGGCUGAUAUGGACACCACAAGCACUAAUACUGGCAUGGAAGGCGACAACUAUGAUGAUGUUCAGAUGGAGAUGAGUGAGAAUCCACUUAACGGCAGCAAAGCUCCCUCCGUUCAAGCACACUCCCUUGGCUCGCCUGGUGAGGCCCCACCGAACAAUGCAAUCAAUCAGUUGUAUACUAGGCGACGAGUGCUGUUUGGGCCUGUUUCUUGGAGGAGAUGCCGGGGCUGUCCAACAUCUAUCCAGGAAUCUGGUUCAGAGUCAGUCAACAAAGAUGAUGACGGUCAUAACUCACCUCACAAAUCGCAUCAGUCUAAUUCAUCCUACUCACCUGCAUCUGCUGCUUCAUCUAAUGAUAGUGAGACAGAUGAAGAAGAAGAAGAGGGAGAAGGAGGCCGAAGAGGAGAAGAAGAAGAAGAAACCUCAAAACCUGAAGAGACCAAGCCUCAACUCAAUCCUAUUACAAGUGAAAAGGUUGAAGAAGAUAAAUGUGACACUGUGAUAAAAAAGGAUACUGAUCAAAACAAGAGAGAUUUAGACAGCAGACGUGAUCGUGAAAAAGAAAGGGAGAGAGACCGUGACAAGGAAAAGGAUAGAGAUCGUUUAAGGGAGCGAGAUAGGGAUCGUGAUAGAGGUAGGGACAGAGAUGACAGGGAAAGAAGGAAAGAUUACAGAAGAGAUGACAGACAUCGUUCACGUAGUCGUGAUCGAAGAGACAGGCACAAAAGUCCUGUAAGGACUGAUAAACGACGUGACGAACGUAAAAAGUCUAGAGAGAGGCGUUCUAACAGCAGAGAACAUCGACGCAGAGAUUCUGACCGCACUAGGUACCCGGACGGUAAUCGCAAGGAUUCUGAUCGAAAGCGCCAUCGAUCACGGUCUCGUAGUGUGGACAGACACAGGCCAAGGAAUGAAUCUAGAAGCAGUAGUAGUGGUGGGAGUUCCAAGAGUGAUGCUCGAAGGGACAUAAAACAGUCUUCAGGCCCAGUCAGAGGAAGCCGCUCACGAAGUAAAAGCAUUGAGAGAGACAGAGCUCGAACAUCCGUUGCCGACUCAAGAAAAUUCUUUUUGGAUAAGAAGAUUGAUAGGAAAAUGAAUGUCUUAGAACGGAUGGGUAUAGAGCUCAAAGCUGAAGCAAAGCCCUUAAUUGGCACAGUCACACCACAAAUGUUAGUUCAGCGAACCAUGGAACAGGAAGUAGCUCAAGUAAGGCAGGCAACAGGUGUUGAAUUACCUAGCUACUAUAAUGCAGCAGCUGUAAAUCCUCAAAGACUUGUUGACCAAAUCCAAAAGCGGAAAUUGUUAUGGGGAGGCCGUAAAGACGAAGCCAGCAAAACUGUAGCCCAGCCACAAGCCAAUAAAUGGCAAGGCGCAACAUUUGCUCAAGAUCAAGAUGGUAAACUUACAGCUAAAUUCAAUAGGUUAAUGGGCAUCAAGCAACCAGUUCAAGCUGCACCAAAUCCCACUGCCAAAGAAGGAGGUAGUGAAAUAAUCAAGAAGCAAGAAGAAAUGUUUCACAAUAUGGAGAGCCAGUAUGAGGUAGCAAGACUAGCUACUCACACACAUCGAGGAUUAGGACUUGGCUUUGGCACUUUUCAACCUCGCUGAGAGCUCAUUUUAUAAAGAUGCGGUGGUAAAUUUAAAUGUGUAAAAUGUGUACCAAUAAUUUGUUAUGAUAAUCUUUAAUUAUGUAUAUAUUGUUAAUUUGUUCAUUCCUAAUUAAGGUAGAAAUUAAAUCAUUGAAAAUUGUCAGAA